AUGGCAGACCCAACAAGUGAUUUGUUCAUCGACUUUGGAGACUUUCAAAAUGCCGCUGAGCCUGAAACCAUCUCCCCUGGCAUUCUGCAGACGUCAACAGCUCCCCCAAAAAUCGGUAAUCGCUUUUCAUCCGAGUCUGUCAAGAUCCUGAGGAAUUGGUUCGCCGCGCAUGAAAGGCAUCCGUAUCCUACCAUCCAAGAUGUCCAGGAUCUUCAAGAGCAGACGAGUCACGAAUUGGUUUGCGAAUGCGAGGAGGAGAGCAAAGGUUCAUUCCUCGCGGCCGACAUCGCCCAUGUUUCGGAAUGA